ACAUCUCCAUCAAAAUUCAUCAGUAAAAACAUUCCGGCAGCAAGCAACACGUUGUGUGCUCAUAGAAACAAUUAAUUAACAGCAUUCAGUGCGCGCAGACAGAAAACGCAGCGGACAUACACAAUUGCGUCGCAGCCGGUUUAAACAGUUUUUGUUGGUUGGAAUUUUCGAUGUGCCUUCGUUUAUAGUUUUGACGCUGAUUUUCGAUUACUAAAUUUUCAAAACACACACGACGCCCCAUUCCAUUUUCCAUCUAACCUCGAUUCGUCUUAUCUGCUGCUGCUGUCGCAAAAAAUCUAUUCUCCUCUCUUUGCAGAUAAUAUCGAUCUGGCCAGACAUUUAACUGUAUCACAUAGAUAGCUGUGCUGCUCUGUUGAUGAGUGUUGAAAAUUAUCACACGCUUUGCAACACCUAGACACUUCAAACACUAAACUCGUCUCUGUCACACACGCGCACUUUGAAACGUCGUUCAUUUUGUCCGCUGUUAGUCAUCGUGUCGGUCUCACUCACAUCCGCUCGGCGCUUUAAACAGCAAAAAAUAUCGCAGCCGUAGUUGUCGUCGGGGCGCCGUUCUACUCGCAGUGCUGCAAUAUUUCUAGACUGUAACCUCGGAGAAAAGCUGAGCAGAAAAUAGCCAGAACACAGUGAAAAUAUAAAGCCUACCGCAGCUUUUGUGUUUAGUUUGGUUUUUUCUAUAGCAUUUUUCAACAGUUAACAAUCAAUUUCUCGUUUUGUGUAAAUCGACAAAGAACAAAAAGUAAUCGAAAGCAAAGAGAAACGUACAACACUAAUACACACUCACCAACACAACACCACACACACAAGAAAAUCAAAUUUCAAUCAGAAAAUGGCGUUAAAAAGAAUCAAUAAGGAACUGCAAGAUCUGGGCAGAGAUCCACCUGCACAAUGUUCAGCUGGACCAGUUGGAGAUGAUUUAUUUCACUGGCAAGCAACAAUAAUGGGCCCGCCGGACAGCCCUUAUCAAGGAGGUGUAUUUUUCUUAACUAUACACUUUCCAACAGACUAUCCUUUUAAGCCGCCAAAAGUGGCCUUUACAACACGCAUAUACCAUCCAAACAUUAACAGCAAUGGAUCCAUUUGCCUCGAUAUAUUAAGAUCUCAGUGGUCGCCAGCAUUAACUAUUUCAAAAGUCUUAUUAUCAAUUUGCUCUCUACUCUGUGAUCCCAAUCCAGAUGAUCCACUUGUUCCAGAGAUUGCCAGAAUAUAUAAGACCGAUCGGGAAAAAUACAAUGAGCUGGCACGGGAGUGGACUAGAAAGUAUGCUAUGUGAUGCGUUCCAGAUUGCAGCAACAACAGUCCAACAACAACAGCAACAACAAUAAGAAAAUUAGCAACAGCAAACAAAACAUCAACAAAAACAACAGCAACACUGUGACAGCUGCCUUCUCCCCAGCUUUCGCAUCAGCUCCAGCUCCAUUAGGAACGGCAACAGCAAUAUCAUCAAAAGGAGCUGAGGCUGCAGCAGCAGCAGCAACAGCAACAACAAACAUACAAACAACACCAUUUAACAGUAACAAUAACAGCGGCAGCAGCAGCCACGAGUGGAACGGAGGCGAUGUUCCAACAACAACAGCAAUCAAAUGCAACUGCAGUAACAGUUACGGCAGCAGCAACUGUCAAAUUGGCAUCAAGUUUAUUUGACCGCUAAAACCGCAGCAGCAGCAGCAUGAAAAGAAAAUAAUUUAAUAAUAAUUACUGAAAAAAAAAGAAUUAUGUAAGCAUAAACAUUUAAAGCGAGACAGCUACCAACAACACAGCAUCCCACACAUAAUAAGUUUAAAAACAAAACAACAAAUAAAGAUCAGCUGGAAAAUUA